AGUCACUCGGGCGCGCGGCCUCGCCGUGUGUGCAACCGCAUCUCGCGCGCGGCGAUGUCUCCAGCACCGACGUUGGCGCAGCCGCCUCGCUGACUAGCUAGACUACACACCCGCUUGCGGUCGCGCGCAUUACUCGCCGGUUCAGUAGUACUCUUUUCUUUCGUCUAAAAUCAUCAUCUAGCGUGUUCACGCUUCUUCAGCUGGCCGAUGGUCAUCUCGCCCUCCGUUGGCAUAGUAGCGUGGCACCGGACUUACCUGCCCCGUCCAGAAGAAAAACUGUGAAGACAUGACCGAGUUGUGCUGACGUUUUCACUUCCAUGCCAAUCAUCCGGAUAUCAGCUUCUUUGAAGGCGGUUCGACGGAUCGCAACGUCAUGGUGCGCCUGCGCUACGCCACCAAGUCCUGCUUCGGCCUGGCGCUCUGCCUGGCAGCGUUCGCCGCGUUCGUCCAGUUCCCAAACGUACUACGUUCCGCCUACCGUCAGUACAUGACGCGCCCCGUAAGCGAGAGCCUCGUCGGUGAGCCCGUGUUUAGGGACAAGCAAGAGCCUUCGGUGCGAACGCUCCUAGCACCCGGCGCAGCUUACGACGCUCCUGGACGUCACCCUCCCGGCGUCAGAGAGCCCGCUGGCGCGGCGGACAACAAAAUCGAGACGCAGAAGCGCGGAGCCAAACCCGCCGCCGCGUUCCGCCUCAUCGCUCGGAAGGCAGAGCAGAACAGGCGGGGCGCCGUCCUCUUGGAGGAGAGCCUCAAGAGGCUGGACAGAGUCGCAGCCGCCGCCAACAAGAGUAAGAAGGCGGCUAGACCGAAGCCGACGUGGCUGCCACCCUACAACCCUUCCAAGUACCGCUUCACGCUCAACCCGAACCUGUGUUCCGGCGACGUCCCCGUCGUCUUUCUGGUGCUCGUCCAGUCGGCGGUCAAGAACUUCGACCGACGAGCGCUCGUAAGGGACACGUGGGGGUCGGUGUGUCGGCGCAACAACUCCUCCGCGUCAGGAGACGCGGUCUUGUGCCGUCUGGGCUUCGUGCUGGGAACGAGCCCGGACCCCGUGCUGGAGCACAGACUCCGCGACGAGUCCAGCCGACACGGCGACUUGGUGCAGUCCGACUUCGUGGACUCAUACUACAACCUGUCCCUGUCCACGGUGACGGGUCUGCGAUGGGCGCACGAGAAUUGCAAGAGAUACGGGUACCUGGUUAAGGCCGAUGACGAUGCUUUCGUGAACCUCGCUGCACUGCGGGCGUACCUGGCCACGAGGUCCCGGCGACGUCGGAGGGCCAUCGUCGGCUACCUGAUGAAAGGGUUCCGACCCAACCGGAACCGGGCCAGCAAGUGGUUCACCUCGCCACAGCUGUUCGCCAAGGCGCGACUGCCGGACUUUGUGAGCGGAUUCGCGUACGCUGUGACUCGCGACGCCGUCGGGCCUCUGUACGCGGCCGCUCGAGUGGCGCCCAUCUUCCCUUUCGAGGACGUGUACGUGACGGGCAUGUGCCGAGAAAGGGCACAGGUCGUCUCGGGAAGCAAGGCGAUCGCGCUGGAGGGCGCGCCCAGGUUCCACAACCACCGCAAGAAGAGCCGUGGUGAUAAGACACUGUGUUCGUUGUACGGAAGUGUCCUAGCCCAGCACGAGCUGACGGCAGCCGAGACAAGGAGUCUGUGGGAGGACUUGAAAACUGGCAAAUGCAGCUAGUUUUCGGCUGCGUGGACACCGUUUGCUUCGACGCUGAGAAAGCGAAGGAUGACUAUGUACGACGCUUCGCGUACCGUCUCGAACGGACGACCGCGCGAUGCUGCAUAACCGUGGCCGAGCCCUAUGCCUAGCAAGCUCACAGAGUUCUGGCGUGCGUGGAUUGACAGUGUCUGGACAGACAACGCGGGUGAUCGACGCUUCCGCGAGCGAAAGAAAGAAAUCGAGAUAGGACAGAAAGGUUAAACAGAUGAAUAGCCGGUUUGCUACCCUGAACGGGGUGGUAGUAAAAGGAGUUGGAAUGAUAGUACAAAAAA